AUGGAUUCUUCUGUCUUUGGAUAUUAUUGCCAGCCAAAUGAUCAGCCGUUGAGAGGGUAUGUUAUUGCGGCUCGUGAGAGGGAACCUUCGAGUCCAGAAGUUUAUUGUGACUAUGAUUCCGAUACAGACUUUACUGCGUUAAGAAAGCCUGUUAAUUACUCCUUGGUUUGGAGUACGGAUUAUGGUAAUGGUUGUGGUUUCUUCUGGCUGCCGAACCCGCCUUUGGGAUACAAAGCGAUGGGAAUUGUGGUUACCGACACCCCAGAUGAGCCUAAUGUGGAAGAAGUUAGAUGUGUCCGAGAAGAUCUUACGGAGACUUGUGAGAUUAUGGACACCUUGCUUGCCGCCGAUGCCAACACAUUUCAGGUUUGGACCACGAGACCUUGCAAAAGGGGUAUGUUCUGCAAAGGUGUUUCCGUCGGCACAUUCUUCUGCUGCACCUACUUCGUUUCCGAAGAUCAAGAGUUGGAGAUUGCAUGCUUGAAGAAUCUUGAUCCUUCAUUACAUGCGAUGCCGAAUCUGGACCAAAUCCACGCUCUCAUCAAGCACUACGGUGCAACGGUUUUCUUUCAUCCCGAUGAAGAUUGUAUGCCGUCAUCGGUGCAGUGGUUUUUUAAAAAUGGGGCACUUUUGUUCAAAGAUGGAAAGCCUAAAGGUGAACCUAUUGAUUAUUUGGGCUUUAACUUGCCUAGUGGAGGGACAAAUGAUGGUGCAUUUUGGAUAGAUUUACCUAGGGAUGAUAAUGCAAGACAAAAUGUUAGAAAUGGAAACUUGGAAAGUGCAGAGCUCUACGUUCAUGUAAAACCAGCAUUGGGAGGAACAUUUACCGAUAUCGUCAUGUGGAUAUUUUGCCCCUUCAAUGGACCGGCCAACCUUAAGAUCGGGUUAAUGAGUAUACAGAUGAACAAAAUCGGGGAACAUGUAGGUGACUGGGAGCACUUCACUCUUCGGAUCAGUAACUUCACUGGAGAACUAUGGAAAGUAUACUUUUCACAGCAUAGUGGUGGUGAGUGGGUUGAUGCUUUCAACUUGGAAUAUAAUGAUGCUGCUCGAAGCAAAUAUUUUGUUGAUUCGAGCACUAGGUACCAGAUUGUUGCGGCUGAGUACCUUGGCGAUGGGGUAGUUACAGAACCAUGUUGGUUGCAGUACAUGAGAGAAUGGGGUCCAACCAUAGUAUACGAUUCAAGAUCUGAACUGGAUAAGAUCAUUAGCCUCCUUCCAUUUUUGGUUCGGUUUUCCGUGGAGAACAUCUUUGACCUUUUUCCAACAGAACUGUACGGCGAGGAAGGGCCAACCGGACCGAAGCAGAAAGAUAAUUGGCUAGGAGAUGAAAGAAGUUAG